AGCCGGGACAGCAGCAACAGUUUGAUCGAUCGGCAUCCUGAGAUCAGGGUCGGCCACGUUUUCGUUGCCUACGAAAGGCCAUUUGACGACGACGACGACGACGACGAUAGCGUAGCCAUGUCGACAUGGGCGGGCCAUCCGAGGGUCGAGGGUAGCUCCGAGACGGUGCGCAUGGUUCUGCUGACCUGCGUCUCCAUUGGUAUUACGUCCGUACAUCACAUGCGUUGUGCGCCGGGAAGAGGCAUGCCGGUUGCUGACUUGCUGUUUCCAGCUUCACCUGGGGUGUCGAGAUGACAUACUGCACACCAUAUCUUCUGUCCCUCGGACUGACAAAAGGACAGACGUCCCUCGUCUGGGUUGCCGGCCCAGUAUCGGGCUUGAUUGUGCAGCCCAUAAUAGGAGCCAUCGCUGAUGAGUCGACAUCCAAAUGGGGCAGGCGGCGGCCCGUCAUUGCCAUCGGGUCUCUCAUCGUCGCCUGCAGUCUGCUAGCCCUGGGCUUCACGAAGGAGAUUGUUGGUUCCCUUGUGUCGGAUCCGCAGACGGUCAGGGCGUUGACAAUAAUGCUCGCCGUUCUGUCCCUCUACAGCGUAGAUUUUUCCAUCAACGCAGUCAUGUCCUGCGCGAGAAGCUUGGUUGUAGACACGCUGCCCAUCCAGAAGCAGCAGACAGGAGCUGCCUGGUCCAGCCGUAUGAAUUCGCUCGGACACAUCAUCGGCUACGCCAUGGGCGCCCUUGAUCUUGUGCAGCUCUUUGGCCCAAGACUCGGCGACAGCCAGUUCAAGCAGCUCACCGUCAUCGCUGCUCUCGGCAUGUUGCUCACCUCGGCCAUCACCUGCUGGGCCGUCACGGAGCGAGUGCUCAUCUCAGUGCGACACGACCCUCGGCGGGCCCAGGGUCGCUUCAAGGUCGUCCGCCAGAUCUGGUCGACGCUGCUCACACUCCCUCCCCGCAUCCGCGGCAUCUGCAACGCUGUGUUCUGGUCCUGGAUCGGCUGGUUCCCCUUCAUCAUCUACAGCAGCACCUGGGUUGGCGAGACCUACUUCCGCUACGAUCUCUCGCCCAAGGCCGGUGACGACUCGCACGAUGCUCUGGGUGACAUGGGUCGCAUCGGAAGCAUGGCCCUGACCGUUUACUCGACCGUGUCUUUCGUCAGCGCCUGGAUCCUCCCGGCCCUGAUCCAAGCACCCGAGGAAGAGAACUUCACCGCCCGCCCGCCCGCCAGCAUCGCACCCCUAAUAGAGGCGUUCAACAAGGUGAAGCCCGAUCUGCUGACUGCCUGGAUUGCCAGCAGCGUCGUGUUCGCCAUCGCCAUGCUCUUCACCCCCUUCGCCACCUCCUUCCGCUUCGCCACGGCAAUCGUCGCGCUGUGCGGCAUCCCCUGGUGCGUCUCGCAAUGGGCGCCCGUUACAUUCCUCGGCAUCGAGGUCAACAAGCUGGACGGCUCUUCCUCCUCCUUCUCCUCCAACCCGGCCACUCCCACCACAGUCCCCCACCGCCGCCUCUCCAACGACGCAGGCAUCGAGAUGCUCCACGUCGAGCACGGCCUUCAGGCCUCCUCGCUCCUCGAAUCCGGCGGCCACGGCUCGACGGGCGAGCUGAGCGGCAUCUACUUUGGCAUCCUCAACAUUUACGUCACGAUCCCGCAGUUCCUCAGCACCGUCAUGAGCGGUGUGGUGUUUGCCGUGCUUGAGCCGGGCAAGAGCCCCGAGCUGGCGACCGAGGCGCACCCCAGCGAGCAUAGCGACACCACCGGACCCAACGCCAUCGCCGUGUGCAUGUUCCUUGGUGCGCUGAGUUCCUUGGUGGCGGCUUGGUCGACCAGGAAGUUGAGGCAACUGUAGUGUGCUGCAGGUCAUCUUGGCGAUGGAGUAGGGGCGUUUGAGGGGUGGGGAAUGGGGUGUCAAUCAAUGCUGUUGGAUGGUUUUCGUUUGAAUCGAUGGAGUAUCCUGGACUACUACCUUAGACAUGAUGCGCAUACAUAGAUAUGAUGGGCGUGGCGUUGGAGUGGCUUGGUGGCUACUUGUCGGGCGCGUUUUCAUUGAGCAUCGCAUCAUCGCGGG